UCAGAGAGUGGCCGUUUGCCUGCAGCCCGCACGUCAGGGCUGAGGAUGAUGAGACUCUCAGGGACCCGGAAGACCAUGUUCUGCCUGAAUGCCCAGCCCAAAAGCCAGAAGGACCUGCUCUAACAGAGCCUCGGUAGCAUCCUGGUGAUUUCUACUUUGGUCCCUCUCUGCAUGAGCGCCUUAUCAACAUGAAAUACAGUCUCCCCUUGACCUUCAUAUGUCUGAGUCUCUUCACUCCAAGGAUAUGUAUCCAGGGGAAUCAGUUCAACCUCGAGGUCAGCAGAAGUGAUAAGCUCUCCCUGCCAGGCUUUGAGAAUCUCACAGCAGGAUAUAACAAAUUUCUCAGGCCCAAUUUUGGUGGAGAACCAGUUCAGAUAGCACUGACUCUGGACAUUGCAAGUAUUUCUAGUAUUUCAGAGAGUAACAUGGACUACACCGCCACCAUAUACCUCAGACAGCGCUGGACAGACCAGCGGCUGGUUUUUGAGGGCAACAAGAGCUUCACUCUGGAUGCACGCCUCGUGGAGUUCCUCUGGGUCCCGGACACCUACAUUGUGGAAUCCAAGAAGUCCUUCCUCCAUGAGGUCACUGUGGGGAACAGGCUCAUUCGCCUCUUCUCCAAUGGCACCGUCCUGUAUGCUCUCAGAAUCACAACGACUGUUGCGUGUAACAUGGACCUGUCGAAAUACCCCAUGGACACACAGACAUGCAAGUUGCAACUGGAAAGCUGGGGCUAUGAUGGAAACGACGUGGAGUUCAGCUGGCUGAGAGGGAAUGACUCUGUGCGUGGGCUGGAAAACCUGAGGCUUGCUCAGUAUACCAUCCAACGGUAUUUCACCUUGGUGACCAGUUCGCGACAGGAAACAGGAAAUUACACACGACUGGUCUUGCAAUUUGAGCUUCGGAGGAAUGUCCUGUAUUUCAUCUUGGAAACCUAUGUUCCUUCCACUUUCCUGGUGGUGUUAUCCUGGGUUUCAUUUUGGAUUUCCCUUGAUUCAGUUCCUGCAAGAACCUGCAUUGGAGUGACUACCGUAUUGUCAAUGACAACGCUGAUGAUCGGGUCCCGCACUUCUCUUCCCAAUACCAACUGUUUCAUAAAGGCCAUCGAUGUGUACCUGGGGAUCUGCUUUAGCUUCGUGUUUGGGGCGCUACUGGAAUACGCAGUUGCCCACUACAGCUCCUUACAGCAGAUGGCAGCCAAAGAUAGGGGGACGGCAAAGGAAGUAGAAGAAGUCAAUAUUACUAACAUCAUCAACAGUUCCAUCUCCAGCUUUAAACGGAAGAUCAGCUUUGCCAGCAUUGAAAUUUCUGGUGAUAAUGUCAACUAUAGUGACUUGACAAUGAAAACCAGUGACAAGUUCAAGUUUGUCUUCCGAGAUAAGAUGGGCAGGAUUGUUGAUUAUUUCACAAUUCAAAACCCCAGUAAUGUUGAUCGAUAUUCCAAAUUACUAUUUCCUUUGAUUUUUAUGCUAGCCAAUGUGUUUUACUGGGCGUACUACAUGUAUUUUUGAGAGUACGAUGAACUGUUUGCGUGUUGUGGUUCUUCAACAGAACAAGGUAAUGAUGUAAAUGGGAUUCUAAGCCAAGUGUGUGCGCUAACCCAAUAGAGCUACAAGUGACUAAAAUAACAUUUGAGCAUUUCUCCUCAAAGAAUAUUCCCCCAAACAUUAUUUAAGCUGUGUAGAAGUCCUAGCAUUACAGAGUCUUGUAAUAGAAACAUCAACUCAUUCCCUUUUUAUCUUUACCAAAGACAUCCCCAUGGAGCCCAAGAUUACUAACCUACUCAGAGUUGACUAUUUGCUCAGUGGCUCCCUGGUCUGCAUUUACUUCAUAUAAAAAAUGAGAAGGAAACUAUUAUAUGUAUUGAGUAACCCUCAAGUGUCAGUGGUUGUUUCUAAAUUAAUCAUACAUGCUAUUUACUAACUCUCUACAGUGCUUAUAAAAUGCAUUUUUACCUAUUUAGGGAGUAACAUUUUCUAGUUUUUGUUUUUGAUUAAAAUGAAAUGUGGGCCUAAGUCAAUUCGCUGGAAGUCACUGCACUAACGCAAU